AUGUCAGGGAUUGGAGAUACCGAGAAUCUCACCGGUCAAGGAGAAAACGAGGUGAAUCAUAAUGAGAACAAAGCUGUAACAGAUGCGGUAGUGAUAAGUGACGAGAGCGAUGCUGAGCAUGAUGAUAACCCUGUAAGAGAGUGUAACAAAAGCCCUCAAUUGUCUGUUGAUAGAAACCAAGAAGAAGAAUGCAAGAAUGAAACAAACUCAUCGAAGGAGAACCAAGCUACGGGAGAAAUCUUUACCCCGAGAUCUUUCCAGAUAAUUGGCCUGACUGGGCGAAAUCGAAAGGUCCCGGGGAGGAGUCUAACAAGCCUUAGAAACGUUUAA